AUGAUUGUUUUGGAUAUCCAGGCGACAACCUACAUCAAUCGAUACAAGUUCCGGUGUCCGCUGGGUCGCCUCCCCAGCAUCUACGAUGGUCUGCCGGGCAUCUCCGCAGUUUCCACCCUCCUGAGCUUGAAGCCGAAAUCCUGCUUCUAUUGCCCGGAAGGAACCGGUGCCCGAGCGGACCUGAAGCGACCUCUUCUUCAGGGAAGUGUCUGCGUGGAGAAGCAGGAGUUCUACUUGACACAGAAGGUGGCGCAGUACUGCUUGCGGCAGAUCAUGCGAAACAACUUCGAGUUCGUCGCGCUGGAGCAGCUCCGACUCGCCCGGGCCAACCUUCCUCUCAUCGACAAGAAGGAGCAGACCGAGAUCCAGAGUAGCUGGAUGGAGGACUACGAUCUCGGGUACUGCCAGGAGGAUGCCAUCAUGGCGGUGUGGCGCAAGUUUAAGGGCCACGACUUGCAGGUCGGGCAGGAGCGAGAAGGUAUCCUGGCUAUGAUCUCGGCCAUCCAGGAUGUCGAAUUCUUCAAGUCCUCGCUCCUGACAAAGCUCUUGAAGUCCGCCGAGCAGUACACGAACAAGUGCAGCCAGUACAGCCUGUUGCUGUCGGAUCAGACUUUCCCGUCGCGGCAGUGCCCACCAGAUGCUGUGAACUGCAACAACGUCACGCAGCUGGAGUGCUUGUGUACAGCAACCUCUGCCGCCGCCAUGCUCGACUGCUUCGGCGGCGACUAUCCCUCGGUUGAGUGCGUGGACAGUUCGGAGGAUGCCACGUGCCUGGACUUGUCGACUGAUAUGAGGAGAGAGGGCGGAGAGAUUGACGAUUUCGACCUCAUGGCUGGCAACUAUCUCUACUACGUCCAAGAGUCCCUGAAGGAGGAGAUGCAGGCUCGAUAUGCAGAGGGGGAGAGCACGAUGACGCGCUGCCCCUUCGGUACCAUGACGCCCAGCGAUGGAGAAGUUGACCUGCGGCAGUGCGAGAAGAGAAGCUCGCCCACGGUUUCCUAUCUACUGGAGAGCCUGGACAUGAUCGUGCAGAGGAUCAACCCGGUGGACACGGCAGCUUCUCCCAAGAAGUGGGUCAAAUCGGCAGGCGAUCCGGAAAUCAACGAAGGGGAGUUCCGGCCUGUCUAUGCAGCCACUGCGGGAAGUGUGACCCUGGUCACCUUCGACGUGCGGCACUUGCCCCAAGAGACGGUGUACGGGAAGCAUUGGCGCAUCAAGUUCUACGUGGGCUCGGAGCUUGACCCGCUCUACAGCGACCCGAUCGAGUGUCAUGCCUUGGUCGCUGCGAGGACACCGGAAAAGCGAGAUCUCGAUGUGAAGAUCGCCAAGAGCCGUGGCUGUGCUGAGAUCUCUUUGCCGCCGGCCUUUGAGCAAGAGGGCCUUGAAAGGGGUGCAGGAGGCCUGGCAAACGGAGUCUUCACAUUCUUGCUCCAUCCCAUCGUGGACAUUGAGUGGCGCGUGGAAGUUCAGAUUGUGGAUGGUGUGUACCAGCCCGAUGCCUUCAUGCUCUUAAGCUCAGCGCUUGUGGAGUACGCAGAGCCCGCACGCGCCGAAGUUGACACCAAGAAGGCCUUUGCGAUUAUGCUGAACAGCGACCUGCAGAUCGAGCUGCCGGCGAACAUGCCUCUCAAGUCCUUCGAAGAGGGGGCGAAUCAGCAGAUCCUCACACAGGUCUUCCUGAACUGGCUUCCGUUGGAGAUGAAGCUGGAGAACUACAUGCGACCACUCUUCUCAGCAGUCGGAGGUGGUGAGCUGGAGUACGUCUUCGAAGACAAGUCUCAGUAUUGGGCCGACUCGACAGCGCCGCUCUCAACUUCGCUGAGGUCUUCAGCUGUUUAA